UGAACUUUUUCAGCAAUGUUUCCAGUUAAAGAAGAGUACCCAGCUGGUGGGUGUUCAUCUUCAAGUUCAUGGCAGCUGCUGUCAUCAAGAGAUCCGCCGCCGCCGCCGCAGCCAAUGGAAGGGCUUCACGAAAUGGGUCCGCCGCCGUUCCUGACGAAGACUUUUGACAUGGUGGACGAUUUGAGUACGGACAGUGUUGUUUCUUGGGGCGGCGGCGGCGGAAGUUUCGUUGUGUGGGAUCCAAACGCCUUCUCCGCCACCCUUCUUCCCAGAUAUUUUAAGCACAACAAUUUCUCCAGCUUUGUCAGACAGCUCAACACUUAUGGUUUUAGAAAGGUCGAUCCGGACAAAUGGGAGUUUGCGAACGAGUCUUUCCUCAAAGGACACAAGCAUCUUCUAAGAAUCAUCACCCGACGAAAAUCGACCACCUCGGCUUCGAGUAGUUCUCCUCCGAUUCCUCAAUCGUUCGAUCCGUGCGUCGAGUUGGGAAGAUUCGGAUUGGAAACGGAAACGGACAGUUUGAGGCGCGACAAACAAGUGUUGGUGAUCGAGCUAGUCAAACUCCGUCACCAGCAGCAAACGACUAGAGCUUAUCUUAAAGCGAUGGAGCUGCGUUUGCAAGUGACGGAAAAGAAACAGCAACAAAUGAUGAGUUUCCUUGCUAAAGCAAUGCAGAAUCCCGAUUUUAUCCGUCAGUUGGUACUGCAGAAGGAGAAGAGGAGGGUGGUGGAGGAAGAGGGCGGGGGUGGUUGUAGUAAGAAGAGGGGGAGGAGGGCGAUCGAGGGGAUUAAAUCGGAACCGUUGGAUUACGAGCUGUCGGAAUUGGAGGAGCUCGCACUGGAGAUACAGGGGAGGGGUAAGGCGAAAUGGGAGAGCGGGCCCCACCACGAGGGAAUCGAGACGAGUUACGAAAGGCAUGAUCUUGAUGAAGGGUUUUGGGAGGAGUUGUUGAAUGAAGGGUUUGAUGGAGAUGAAGAAGAUGUGAGUGUGUUGGCUGAUAGAUUGGGGUUUUUGGGUUCCAAAUUGAAGAAUAUUUCUAAGUAGGAUUAAUUGUUUUUGGGUUUUAUUUAAUUAAUGCAAAUGUGACUUAGUUUGGGAGUAUUAAUUAUUUUUUUCCAAAUUAAUUCUCCACGUACGCUUGAUUAUGUUUUUUCUUAUGUUUCUUGAAUUAUUGAGUGUUGAUUAUGUUGUU